AUUCCGCCAAGUCGACAAGAAGCAUUUUCGUCGUCGACGUCGUCGUCUUUGCACGGGCUCCCGCACUCGUACGUGCAUGAAACGCCAGGACACCGGACAGUGACCCCCACGUCUACCACCGGGGACAAGGUGACUGUUUUGAAUUCGUCGUCGGUGAUAGAAAAGAUGUCUUUCUCCGUCUCUGACUUUGUGUUCCGUGCUGACCAUAACCUCGACUUACCCACCCUCUCCCGGCGGGGCCGCUGAGCUGCACCCGGCCUGCCGCCGCUGAGCUGCACCCGGCCUGCCGCUGUUGAGCGCCCGCGUCAACACAGCGCAGGCUCGUCUGAUUCCGAGCGUGUUGCUUCUCCGCCAUGGACGGCCCCCCUAAACUGUCCGGCGAGACCCUGAUCGUGCACCACAUCCCCCUGGUGCACUGCCAGGUGUCGGGGCGGCGGCGGGGGGUCUGCGGUGUCGGGAGUGGCUCUCUAAAGAGGGGCAACCCGUUCAGCCCCCCGGAGAACUUGGGCCUGAGUCGCACCACCUCCCUUCCGGAGAGGGACGUCCUCCAGAGGGAGGCGCUGCUCUACAGCAGCCUGAUUCAGACCUCCGCUCACAACACGGCACCGGAGAGGAAGGGCGGCGGCAGCACGGCUAGCGACGACUCCUCGUUCACCUCCAGCAUCUCCGACGAGCAACUGGUCGCGGCUCACACGAUACCCCGGGUCAAGACCAGGAGCCGCCACCCGCUACGCUGCAACCCAUUUCUGGUCAAGACUGACGACGAGGAGUAUGAGGAGGAGGACGACGAGGACGACGACAACCUGGCCGGCUAUCACGAGGACUCCUCCUUUCACCUCCACGGCCUCGCCGAGGGCGCCUCGCCGCCCUUCUGCCUGCGCGGCCUGAACUUUGCGUCAGAGUCACGCUAUCGGAAUGGCGCGAGCCAAAGCUCAGACCCGCCGGAACUGGGCCGGCGGCACGGCAGCAGCGGCUCCAACAUGUCGGUGGACUGCGGCGAGCACGAAUGGGAGGACGACGAAUACGAAGAUCCUCCCAUGCCUUGUGGCAUCAAGACGGGGUCCUACUCCUCAGGGUCUUUGGCGCAGCACUGCUCCUGCUGCACCGUGGCCCAGAACCUCUCCCAGGACUUCCCCGAUGCCUUCCCCGAAUGCCGGCGGGGCUACUGCAGCGACUCGUCGUGCAACAGCUCGGACGGCGUGCUAGUCAAUUUCAGCACUAUUUACAACAAGAUGAACAAUGGCGUCCCCGAGAAGCCAGGCAACCUGAACAGCCCUGCCGAGCGGCCCUCUGCCAUUGACCAGCGGGACCCAAUCGAGGGCGCCUUUUACUUGGACCUCCUCACAUCGCCCACGGAGCCUCCGCUGGCCUUCUCGCUUGGCCGAGAGCCUUCGUUGUCCGCCUACUCCUCCUGCUCGGCGGAGUACCAGGCCGCCGUGGAGCUGGACGCCAACUGCAACUCCUUCUGUCCGACGCCCGCAGGGGGGGGGGUGUCCUGCCUGCAGAGUCAGGCCCGGCUGGUGGUGGCCAGCCAGAAUUACUACAAACUGGUCACCUGCGAGCUGUCAUCCCAGUCUCCGCCCAGCCCCGCCGGAUCGUCCGUCCACAGUGGCUCAGAGGAGCAUAGCAGGGACAGCCCGCCAUGCUCCACCCAGCCCAGCGAGUACUUCCUGUUCCGGCAGAGGGCCAACCAGCAAGUGGAAGAUGAGGGGGAGGAUGAAAAGUCAGUGACGCAGCCUGUGGCGGCUAAAGAGGAUGAAGACGAGGAGGAGGCGGCGGACGAGCCAGACGCCCCUGCCGAUCUCCUCCAAGUGUACGUCAACGUGUCGCCCCCGCAGGACGAGCAGGACGCCGGCCGACUGCGAUCCCGCAGCUACGACCGCAACCUGGACAAGUCACCGGGACCCCACCCGGGCUCUCUGGAGCGCAUGCUGAGUUGCCCCGUGCGCCUUAACGAUGGGGGCGGCGCUCUGGCCGAGCCUCCUCCUGCACCGCCGCCCCGGGUCACCUCCUUCGCCGAGAUGGCCCGCAGCAAGCGGCGGCACGGCAGCUCGCCGUCCCUCAAGCCAGAUCCCUACUCCUCUGGCGAGUUCUCGCCCAGCCGGGAGGGUGACGCCGCGGGCCCCGGUUGUGGCCAAGACGCCACCCGGGAGACCGACGUUGAAGGCAGGUCCUCCAGCUGCUCCGACGUCCAUCCGGCUGUGGUGCGUUACGGCAAAGACCAGCGGCCCACCUCCCUCCCCAUCCAGCCCUUCACCUUCCACCACCAGCUGGCCCCUAAGCCCCCCCAGCCUAAGCCCCUGCCCCACCUGAUGACCGGCUACGUGUCUGGCAUACAGGCCUGCUCUGGCUCCAGGGACGAAAGCGAGGAGGGCCAUCGGGAGGUCCUAGCCAGAGCCGCGGCUCCCCCCGGCUCCGUCCGUCCGUCGCCCCUGGGGAGUUACUCCCCAGUGCACCUUCAGGAGGAGGCCGCCAGCAGCAGGACCUGCUCCACGUGCACCCCGAGCCCCCCGCCCCCUCACGACCUCUCCCGCUGCCCACAUAGCGCGGUGCGCACGGGGCCGCCGCACUGCACCCCUCCCCCCGCUGGCCUUGGUGCGAAGAGGGGGGUGGCGCCCCCCACCCUGCCGCGCCUGCACGGGGACGUUGUCAGCCCGCUGGGGUGCGUCAAGACUGGAAGCCUUGUGGAGGGAAGCAGGAUGCAGAAUGCGCACCACCUCUCCCCCCAGGCCUUAAAGUGGCGGGAAUACCGACGUCAGAACCCUCUUGGCGGCGAGAGACCGGCUGGCGUCUCCUCGUUGUCAGAUCCGCGCCGUCCUCUCCGACGCAACGUCUUCGAUUUCCCUUCAGCUCCCCGCUGCCGGCCGACGGGACACCUUCACGUCAAGCAGAUGCAGCAGAACUUGCCCCCAGAUUACCUGUCUCUGACUGAGAGGCCGCCCGAGGAGUUCUGCCUGUCCCCGGAUGCCUCCGCAGCUUCAUCCUUGUCCUCUUCUUCCGCCGCCUCGCGCUCACAGUUUGCCGUCAAUAUGACUCACAAGAGAGGUUUGGUGAAGGCUGUCAACACGGCAGUCGAUCUGAUCGUGGCUCACUUCGGUACGAGCCGAGACCCCGACGUCAAAGCCAAGUUGGGCAACAGCUGGGUGAGUCCCAACGUGGGUCACCUGAUCCUCAAGUAUUUAUGCCCGGCGCUGCACGAGGUACUGCAGGACGGCCUCAAGGCCUACGUGCUGGACCUGAUCAUCGGACAGCGCCGCUGUCAGCCCUGGAGCCUGGUGGAGGCCUCCACGCAGCUGGGUCCAUCCACGCGCGUCCUCCACAACCUGCUGAUGAAGGUGAACCAGUUCUCGGAGCUGACGAGCCACAGCAUGAGACUCAACGCCUUCAUCUUUGGUCUUCUCAACCUCAAGUCUUUGGAGUUCUGGUUCGGUCACCUCCUGACACACGAAGACAUCAUCGCCGCUCACUACAACACCUGGGGCCUGGUCCCGCUGGCUCAGGGUGCGUGUCAGCAGCUGUUCGGCGAGCUCCUUCUAUUGCUGCAGCCCCUCUCGCUUCUCCCGUUUGACCUGGACCUCCUGUUUGAACCCCGGCUCCUGGCGACGGGGCGCGAGCAGCAGAAGCGGCGCAAAGAGCUGCUGCGCUCAGCGGGACAGUCCACCACCAGCUCCACCCUGCAGCUCAUGAGGGGCUGGGGUGCCGCCGUCGGGGACAUGGUCACCGGGAAAGAGAGGGUGGCGAUGAGGCCAGAUGGCACCUGGCCCAGGACGGAGGCCUCCAGGAAGGAGAGUGUCCCGGUGGGGGUUGCUAACGGGGCCGAGGACAGAGUGACGGGUGGCCAGAGGAUGAAGGGAAUAGGGCAAGAAAGUGAGGAAAAGGACGUAGGGAAUUAUCCCCUGCGGAAGCACCCCGCAGCCACGCACGAGGGGCGCCAGCGUCAGGACCGCCAGGCUGGAUGGUGGUACCAACUCAUGCAAUCCUCCCAAGUCUACAUCGACCAGUCCGCAGAGGGUUCCAAGUUCGUCAAAACGGACAAGCGCCGGACGUCGGCCGAGCGCCGCCCUUGCCGGCUGCCGCCCGCCAGGGAGGGUGCAGUGGAGGGCGCCGAGUCUGGCUCUGGGGGACGGCCCUCCUGGAUGGGAAGCCCGCCCGAGUCGCUCCUCAACCAGGAGGUGACGGCGGUCCCAAGUCCGGCGACCAAAGUCCAGCCGGAGAGCGUUGCUCAGGGGCUGCGCUGGGGGCGGCUCUUCGGAUCCGCCGUUGGGUCGGCGACCAAGACAUACGCAAGUGAACUCAAGGCUAAAGCUCAGAAGAACAGGCUGCCGUCUGGUUGGCUCGGUCUGGACUCAUCGGUUUUGGGCCUAAUGGCGCAGACUAUCGGUGCUGGGGGCAGCCAAAAGGUAGAGGCGGCGCCCGCCAGGCCCCCGUCCGGUGUGGUUUCACCCAACGAGACCAAUGCUAGUGAGACUAAACUCUCAACAUGCAAAGUGCAAGCGUUGUGCCACCACAUCGCCACAGAGACGGGACAGCUCAGCUUCAACAAGGGCGACGUCCUCCGAGUGCUGAGCAAGGCGGAUCCCGAUUGGCUUCUCUGUUCCACGGGCGCCGUUCGGGGCCUGGUGCCCAUUGUCUACGUCUCGCUCUGCAGCACCGGGGAGAGCCAGGAUGCCAGCGGCUCCAAUGGUAGCGGCGGUGCCGGUGGCGCCUGCAGCGCUGGGAGUUCCGGUGAUGAGUCUGAAUCCGGCCAGUGAAGUCCCUCCACCCACGGUGAACAGGAAGUGACCUCCAUUGACCCACGUGAGCAUGCAACCCGCCAAAUAACCAAAACCCAAAGACAGCAACUGGACUGUGAUCAUGUCACCAAUAUUAUGGUUAUUAUUAAUAUUACGAUUGGUAGAUAUCGAUACACCAGGUUGGACUUGCUGUCAAUCACUCCCAUGUGUGGAGGUGGAUGGGGCCAUCAUGUAAUGUUGUGACAUUACAUGCUCCGUUUGUCCACUAGAAGAUUCAGCACAGGGAUGGGCAUCAAAUAGAUGAAUACGUAAUCAUGUCUUAAAUCACUGUAGUCAAACCGAUAAGAAUUGUCUUGGCUCCAUUCAAGAAACAAACGCGCAUCCUGUACUUCCUGUUAUGUCACUGGAGUUAGCCCUUGUAGCUUAGCAUGCUUUGCUAAAACCAUUGUCACGCUAACUACCUACGACGGAGUCUAGUUGCUUGCAACAGAUUUUUACCUGGCGAUCCCUCAACAAGUGUCUGAAUGUUCUUUAAGCACUAUUCCAAGCUAAUUAAAGCGCUACGGCAGAACGCCUGACGUCGAAAUGACUGAAGUCGUACAAACGUUCACAAUGAAGGAGACAAAGUCCAGAGUUUGUUAACAUUAGCUUGCCUGUGCUUUGUUUGCAAUUUACUCUGAAGGAGUGAGUUUUUUACAUGUUUGAUAUUUAAGACCGGGAGCCAAAAAAGAUGCCUCUGACAUCACAAAGAACUUAUUUUUAUGCCCGUAAAAUAGCACGUUACCCUGAAACAUUGCCCAGUUGACAAUUUGACCCAGGAUCUAAUUAUUUCGACGUUGGUGUUUCCGGUCUUGGCUCCCCACUGGUCUCCCGGUUGUCAUAGUCGCGGCUCAAACUAAGUUUUAGCGAGCUUGGGUCCUGAAGAAUAAGAAGGGAAAUUUGCACUGUUUGGACACUUUAUUGAUGGUGUUAGCCUCUUUGUCUGCUUUUCUUGUACAGUUGAAACUAUUUAAUAAUGCCAACAGUAUUCCAGUGUAAAUACGUCGUUUGCUAUCCGUUAGAAGAUUCCCCCAACCUGUAAAUCUCUACACCAUCUUCCUCUUGUGCAUAUGUAUGAUGCUACCCAGCUAAUGUGGCUAACUAAAGUGCUCUUGUGAACACGUGA